AUGGCAACUUUUGUCAAAGGCUCCAAAGAUCCCUCCUUUUCUUUGCACCCAUACCAUGUCUCUGAAGAACUGGGCUUUAUUCUUCCUGCACCUCUGGGAGAGCUGCCACCCUACUAUCAGCCAUGGAUGGAUAUUGCCCUGCACGUCCCAGAGCUCGUGCACUCUCAUGAGCUGCGCUCCUGUAUUCACAAGAUGCCGCUGUUGAGCAGCCACUUUCUGGAGGAACAUCGUGAGCUGCGACUGGCCCACCUUGCCUUGAGUGUUAUGACAAUGGGUUACGUCUGGCAAGAGGGGGAAAAUAACACUGUUGAGGCGCUGCCCCGUUGCCUUGCGGUUCCGUACUGGGAGGUGUCCAAGCGCUUAGGGCUCCCCCCAAUAUUCACGCAUGCAGAUGGUGUGUUGGCUAACUGGAAGAAGAGAGAUCCAGAGGGACCUCUAGACAUGGAGAACUUGGACCUGCUGGUUGCACUGCCAGGGGGAGACAGUGUGCGUGGAUUCUUCAUGGUCACUCUCCUGGUGGAGCUUGCCGGAGCUCCCGCAAUGAAGAACAUUCCAGCCGUGGUCAAUGGUGUAAGUCGUGGUGAUGCUGAGGCGGUGAUCAAGGCCCUGGAGGACAUUGCUGAGUCUAUACAGAACAUGAUGGACGCACUCAAACUGAUGCACGUGCACGUGGAGCCAUCGGUGUUUUAUGGAAUCAUGAGGAUCUUUCUGUCUGGGUGGAGAGACAACCCCUGCAUGCCAAAGGGGCUGGUAUAUGAGGGCAUCCAUGAGGAACCUAUGGAAUAUUCAGGAGGCAGCGCCGCCCAGAGCAGCCUGCUCCACUGCUUGGAUGAGCUGCUGGGAGUCAAACAUGAAGAAAAACCUGGUGCCUUUCUCACUCGGAUGAGGAACUACAUGCCGCCUGCCCACAAGCAGCUGAUUCAGGACAUCUCGCUGCAGCCCUCCGUGAGGAGUUUUGUCCAGGAGCAGGCCAGCGAACAUCUGAGUCGGGCCUUCAACCUCUGCGUCACCAAGCUGGUGGCUUUGCGGAGUUACCACAUCAACGUGGUAAGCCGUUUCAUCACAAUGCCCGCUGCCCGUGCCCGCCAGCUCCGUAAAGAUAGCCAGGUUUUGGAGGAGGAGGAGACCGUCAGCAGGGGCCCUGUAGCACUGGAGGAGAGAGGCACCGGUGGCUCUGGCAUCAUGAGCUUUUUAAAGACUGUGAGGGACCAAACAAGAGAUGUAUACCUGCCAGAAAGCGGCAAAGCCCUGUAGAGCUAAAACGUAGCGCCAACGCUGACAUGAACUUUUGAGUGAAGCUGCACAGUGCAACAACAACUAUGCAACAUGAAAGAGGCACCGAAUCGUCUCCAAUUACUUACUCAACCCACAA